CUUAAAAUGAGUGCAAAAAGAAUAUGUAUUGAGAAAGACCAAGCAAUCUCUGAUGAUGGUGACAAGGAUCCAAAAGUCGUCAUCAACUCACUGGACUACGACGUAUUAGCACAAAUCAUCAUGAUGUUGCCAAUAUCAGAAAGAAUAGACAUGGAAAUAGUUUGUACCAAAUGGAAAGAGGCAUGUCGGCUAGCUUGGUAUGACAUUAAAAAAUACAAAUGUGAAUCAUCAAUUGGACGUUGUUAUGAUAACCGUUUGCUAACACAGUCCUACCUUGAAAAAAUAUUAUUAAGAUGUGGUAAAUAUCUAAAAGAAUUGUCCCUCUCAGAUGUUUGUGAUUCGAGUAUUAUGCCAUUUGUUGGUGAUCACUGUAAAAAUUUAACAACCUUGGAAUGUAAAUUUGAUGAUAAUUUCUUAAUUGAUAAUGCCGAUCACUUUGUUCAAGCAUUUACACAGUUGGAUAAAUUGAAAUGCAUUAAUAUGUUACUGAACUAUACGACUAAAAAUAAAACAAUUGAUCUAUUUGAAAUAAUUAAUAGUCUUCCAGAGGAAAUUAAUGAAAUUCAUAUACUUAAUAAAUGCUGGUGGAACGAUAAACGAGCAGCUCUUUUUACUUUAAAAAAAUUUAAAAAUCUUCAAAAACUGACUUUACAUGGCCUUUGUUUAGACAAGCUAAUUCUUCAAGAAAUAUCAGAAGCAACAACACUUGUUCAUCUUAACAUUGAAUUAUAUGAUAAACACAUAGAGUUUCCUCUUUUUGAUAAACUCGUUAAUUUAGAAUAUAUUGAAAUAGAGGUUGAAACAGAAGAUGAAGACAAGAAAGUCUUUACAAAAGUGGUCAACACUAUUUUUUGUAAAUGCAAAAAUCUAAAACAUCUUGAUAUUCCACAUGACUUUUAUGAUCUUGCUAAAAUUCCUUUGGCAGAAUGGGAAAACUUUAAAAAUUUAGAAUAUCUUCGUUUAUCUUGUUAUGAAGUACUAUCUGACUUAGCAGAUACAAUUGUUAAAUAUUGCAAGAAUUUGAAACACUUGUGCAUGAACCCUAUAUGCCAUUUUAUAAAGACAAAUGUUGUAAAAAAGUUAACAAAAUUAGAAAAUCUUGAAAUUUUACAGAUGAAUGACUAUGGCCUCAGUGAGGAAGCAAUAAUCGCAAUUUCAAACAAUUGUAAAAAACUUAAACAUUUAGAACUUGAUAAUUGCUAUUUAGUACCAUCUAUUGAUAGUGAGGAACUUUCUUCUCCAUCUGUUUUAAGUGAGUUAUCAAAAUUACAAUAUCUUGAACAUCUAAGCUUGAUUUGUGCAGAAAAUAUUGAAGAUAAUACAAUUAUUGCUAUUGCUAAUAAUUGUAAAAACCUCAAAAGUUUAGAUAUAUGUGGUAUCAGUGAUGAUAUUACUGAAACAGCUCUCGUUACUUUAACAAAGUUGGAAAAUUUAGAAAUACUAAGAGUUAGCUUUUGUAAUAUUUCAGACAGCUUCAUUAUCAAGUUAAAAGGAUUAAAAAAAUUUGAUUGUGAUAAUUGUGAGAAUCUUACUGAUACUGGUAUUAUUGAAUUUAUAAAAAAUAACCCAGAUCUUCAAGAGAUCUAUGCCGUGGGAAUAGAUAAUAUUACAAUUGACUUGGUUAUUGCUGCUGAUCAGGCAACAAAAAAUCGUACAAAUGGCAUAAUUUUACGCUUACGAAUAUCUAAUCCGCCAGAAGGACGAACUUUUAAGUCAAAUAUUGAAUCUCAAUGGUUGGUUGUUACUAGUUAAAGCAUAAAUUUAUCCUUCAAAUUAAAUUAUCAUACAAAAUACGUAAAUCAAAGACAUUGUAAAAAACUAUUAUUAUUAUUAUUAUUAUUAUUUGUUUUCUGUAUUACUUGAAAUCAUAAAAAUUCAAAUGUCAACGUUAAUAUUUUUGUAAAACAAAGUUCAAUAAUGAAAAUACUUUCUUAAAAAA